AUGAGACGUUGGGGGGUUUCCAUUUCUCCGUUAUGUCCUCUGUGUAACUCUGAGAAUGAGAUCCGUCAACAUUUGUUUUUUGAGUGCGGUUUCAGUAAGGAAGUGUGGGAAGCCUUCUGCUCGGCCUUCCACCUUUCUCCUCCACCUCUAUUCAUGGACGUAUUAGAUUGGAUCAAGGCUCCUUCUCAUGACAACAAUGUCAAUGUGAUGUUCAAGCUCGUCUUCCAGGCGGUAAUAUACCUGCUUUGGAAGGAACGUAACUCGAGAGUUCACAACCUGUCUUCUCGUCCAGCCGCAUCUAUCAUCUUGGAGAUCAAGAGGAUUCUUAGUGCUAAGAUGGAUAUCUUAUCUAGAGCUCAGAGAAACGUAGCCUCUUCCGUUACCUAUUUAUCUACUUGGCGAGUUGUAUUUCCUAGCCGGUAG